AUGAGUAACGGUGGCCAAGUGGACCCAUCUGCUGCGGCACAGCAGUUCGAAGCAUGGCAACAAUAUUACGGGCAACAACAAGCUCAAGCUGGUCAAGUAAGUUGAAUUAAUUGAGUUUUGUUGUUUUAGGCUUGACACUUAUCGCUUGAGGUUUAGAAGUUGGUAACGGUAGUUUUCUAAGGAAUUACUGUUUGUUUGGGCUUUAAAUAAGCUUUAAAACAUUGUUUUAGUUUUGACAUUGGUGAUCAACAUGAAUAUCGAGUAAACUCUAAAAUUUACCUAUUCUUUUGGUCUAAAACCUGCUCAAAACGUCCGCAAAGCUUCUUUUCAUGUAAAACAACAUACAUUUGUCAAAAUUAACAAUUUUUCGCUCAAAUAUAUUAAAAUAUUGUUUUAGUUACCACCAAAUCCAGGAGGUGGAUACGGAAGUGCUCCACCAGCUCAAGCAGCCCCUGCAUCUUAUGGUGGAGGUCCACCAGCUUCAUAUGGGGGUCAACAAGGACCACCUCAACAAAGCCGAUGGGGCGAUAGAGAGUAAGUUAUUUCUAGUUUUAGACCUAAAUAUCCGUUUGGUUGAGUGUAAUAUGAACGUAGAUAGGUGUUUUGGAGUUGUACGUAGUUUAACAGGUGUAUGAUGUUUUUUAACAAGUAUAUAUGGUGUAUUAAAGUGUAAUUAUUAUUAAGAUACAUAGUUUGAGUCAUUAUGGAGUAUAGAUUGACUUGAUUAUAUGAUUUUAUGUUGAGGUAUCUACCUCUAUAACUUGAACUUUUAUUUUUUAAGCUAUAAAGUUAAUUUAAAGGUAUAUUAUGAUAGUAUAUGUAGCGUAUGUACAAUAUUGUCGGUGUUUUAAAGGGUCCGUGAAAACCGGACCCAAAAAUCGAAUAAUGGUAUAAAUAUAGAUAUGGUUAAUAUAACAAAGGUCAUGGAGAAGGUGUCCAGGUUACAAGGUCGUCAAAUAGUGAUGUUAUGGUGUGUCGGACAGGGAUUUUGUGUACAAUUACUGUACAAUAAAACUGCCACAGGUGCUGUGCAAUUAAAAACGUACUAUUUCAGUACAAUAUUCUUGGCUUGAGCUAAAGCUUGGUUUUUGGCCGUUUUGGAGGCUUUCUAGCCGCUGACAUGGCUUAAAAGCUAGUCUAACUUUAGCUCAAUAAAAAAUUUAGACCUGGUCAUAUAAAGAAUGUAAUAUAAAGUCCGGCACACCGAAAAUACAUCACCAACACCCAAGAGUUCAACAACAAACUAACGGUCAUAAUAUUUUCAGUUCCAGCGGAGCGGACUCGCGCGGUCCGUACAGAGGUAUUACUUUAUAAUUAGUCUUGGUUUUUAAAUGGUCUUUGGGGAUGGCGUGGGCAAUGUUGGGUAAAGGUGUUAUUGUUAGUGUUAAUGUACUAUAACAUAUUCAUAUUAAUAGUAAUGAGGAAAAAGUUGAUUUUUAAUGUUGCUUUUAGUCUGGUUUAACUAUUAUUAGGUCUGAACGGGUCACUAAUGGCUAUAUUUUGUGAUAUAUGGCCAAAAGCUGUCCAGAUUUACCUGGAAAGACAGGUUAAUACACACAAGGCAUGUGUAUGGGAUAUUACUCUUAGGUCGUUGGCUUAAAAGGUCUUAUAGUCUUAUUUUUGAUGUUAUUAUGCAUAAACAGCAUCAAACUACAAUGUGGUUUUGAUUUACUGAUAUAGCAAAUCAAAACUGUCAGGUCAAUUUGGGUUAUCAUCUUCUGAAUGCUUUAUAGAACACUAAUGUUAAAAUAGGGUUUAAAAUUUCAAAAACAGCUUUUGAAACUUAAUAUUACCUGUUCCUUAUUUCAGGAGGUCAAGGCGGCGGUAGUUACGGCGGACAAGGCGGCUACAAUAGUGGUGCUGGACGUGAUGGUGAAGAUCGCGGCGGCUACGCACCCCCAGCUCCAGGCAAAAUGAUUUUUGUCAGUGGAUUGCCUCAACAGUAAGUUUUUUUUACGUUGUGUUGGGUUUUUAGGUUGAUCGGAUAAGAAUGGCGCGUUUGGGAGUAAAGAGAUGGAAGAUAGGUCAAAAUAGUGGUAGAUGAGACUCUUUUGAUGACAUUAUAGUUAAAAGUGGAGUUAAAGAUCAUUUUUUAGAUUUAGCGAGGUGGAGAAUAUGUUAUUCUUCGUUCUUUAGGUAAAAAGAUGAAGAAUGACAUGUUUAAUGAAGGAAAAUAAAAUUAAUGUUAAGCUUGCCUGUUUCAGUGCCAACGAACCCUACAUCAAUGACGUCUUUAGCGCUCUAGGACCAAUUGAAGUGAAUCCGAACAGUGGAAAGCCUAAAAUCAAGAUCUACUCGGCUCACGGUAUCUCCAAAGGCGAAUGCACUAUCUGUUUUGAAAGCGAAGCUACUGCCAAAAAGGUCAUCGAAACUUAUAAUGGUAGGUUUGUGUUAGGCCAAAAAAGGUGGACUAAAGAGCUUAAAAUGUGACUGAAACGGCUAAUGAUAUCGAUCUCUAAAUUUUUUUUUGAAAAGUAAAAAAAUGGCUUAGAAAUGUUACACAACUUAACAAAAAAAUUUUCAGGCCAAGCCUUCCCCGGAACCGAUAACAUUCUCUCCGUAAGCGUGGCCGAAUUCAGCGGCUCAUCAGGCGGCGGACGUGGUGGUGGAGGCGGCGGAUUCCGCGGAGGAUCACGUGGCGGAGGCCGAGGAGGAUUCGGCGGAGGACGUGAUGGCGGCCGAGACGGUGGUGGUUACGGAGGACCACCAAGAGACGGAGGACGUGAUGGUGGCUACGGUGGAGGUCGAGGUGGCGGCCGAGAUGGUGGACGUGACGGAGGCUACGGCGGCGGAAGAGAUGGAGGUCGUGACGGCGGUUAUGGUGGAGGCAGAGAUCGAGGACCACCAAGAGAAGGAGGACGUGAUGGUGGAUACGGCGGAGGUCGAGGCGGUGGCCGUGACGGAGGCUAUGGUGGUGGUAGAGAUGGUGGACGUGAUGGAGGCUACGGUGGAGGAAGAGAUGGUGGAUAUGGAGGAGGAAGAGACGGCGGAGGCCGUGGAGGUUUCGGCGGAGGACGUGACGGCGGCCGUGGCGGAGGCUUCGGAGGUCGUGAUGGUGGCGGCGGAUUUAGAGGUGGAAGAGGAGGACCAAGUAUGUUGUCUUAGGGUUAAUAUAGAUGCGUACUAGCUUAAACUGGUUUUAAUCUAGAGGAAUAUUAGCUUCAAAGUUUAAUUUUAAAUUUUCUUGACUAGGUAUUACCUAAAAAUGUAAUAAAAGUCAAUGAUGACAAACAUCCUUGCUCUUUGAACAGAAUUCAAAGCAGAGAUGGUCAGAAUUUGAGUUGAAAAGGCUAAAAUUUGACUGGAUUUGUGGAGAAUACGGUCUGUUAUGAUUAGAUAGGCCUCUGAGACUUGUUAUUACAUGAAAAAUUAGUGGUACCUAGUUGAUAAAAAGUAAAAAGUAUCGUUUUGUCGAAAUAUUAGACUUGAAUUUGAUUUUGUAGGUAAUGAAAAUAAGAAUUCUGGUGUUUUCUUUGAGAAAAUUGAUAGUUUCUAAGGUAUUAACGCUAAAAUAUGAUGUUAUAGUGCUAGAGUUUGCUGUAAAAUAAAAUUAAAACCCAAAUUUUAGGAGGCGGUGGCCAAGGCGGCCGCGGCGGCGGAGCCCCACGCGGAGGAAACGGCGAAGUCCGCGCCAACGACUGGAUGUGCCCAUGCGGAAACAACAACUUUGCCUUCAGAAAGGAAUGCAACUCAUGCAAAGCACCACGAUCUGGCGGAGGAGGAGGUGGUGCGCCAGGAGGAGGACCACCACAACCACUAUCCUCGUUCCAAGGCGGCCCACCACAACAUCACGGUGGUGGAGCGAUGCGCGGCCCACGUGGUGGGGAUCGUCAUGCACCAUAUUGA